GACUCAUUUUAUUUUGUUCCCCAAAAACACAACCCAAAGCACGAGAGCAGUUAUAUCUAGAAAACAAGCAAACAUGGCAUCUCUCACCACAUCCAUCCAGUCUAAACUGGGCUACUCGUCCAAAAAGGCUUUGCUUUUGGGUGCUGGCUUCGUCACCAAACCCACCGUUCAGAUCCUGGCCGAUGCAGGUGUUGAGGUAACAGUCGCCUGCCGAACAUUGGACAGCGCAAAGAAGCUCUGCGAAGGUAUCAAAAACACCAAACCGAUCUCGCUGGACGUCUCCAAAGAUGCCGAUCUCGACGCCGCCGUCGAGCAGAGUGACCUGGUCAUUUCUCUGAUCCCUUACACCUUCCACGCCGCCGUCAUCAAGUCGGCGAUCCGCAAGAAGAAGAACGUGGUGACGACGAGUUACGUCUCGGACGCCAUGAAGGAGUUGGAACAACAGGCCAUCGACGCGGGCAUCACGGUCAUGAACGAGAUCGGUCUGGACCCUGGCAUCGACCAUUUGUACGCCGUCAAGACCAUCGAGGAGGUCCACAAGGCCGGAGGCAAGAUCAAGUCCUUCUGGUCCUACUGCGGUGGUCUGCCCGCCCCCGAGGCGAGCGACAACCCUCUCGGUUACAAGUUCUCGUGGUCGAGCCGGGGUGUCCUGCUCGCCCUCCGCAACGCCGCCAAGUUCUACGAGGGCGGCAGCGUCAAGAACAUCGCCGGCCCCGACCUGAUGGCCAGCGCGAAACCCUACUUCAUCUACCCCGGUUUUGCUUUUGUCGCCUACCCCAACCGGGACUCCACGCCGUACAGGGAACGCUACAACAUCCCAGAGGCCGAGACCGUCGUCCGGGGCACGCUGAGGUACCAGGGUUUCCCUGAAUUCGUCAAGGUGCUGGUCGACAUUGGUUUCCUGUCGGACGCCGAGCAGCCGUACCUCAAGCGCUCCGAAAAGCCAAUCUCAUGGGCCGAGGCGACCCAGAAGAUCAUCGGGUCCUCGACCAACAAGGAGGCCGACCUGACCUGGGCCAUUCAGUCAAAAACGAAAUUCAACGACACCGCCGAAAAGCAGCGCAUCAUCUCCGGCAUGAAGUGGUUGGGUCUGUUUUCCGAGAAACCCAUCACCCCCCGCGGCAACCCCCUGGACACCCUGUGCGCCACCCUGGAGGAGAAGAUGCAGUACGAGGAGGGCGAGCGUGACAUGGUCAUGCUGCAGCACAAGUUCGAGAUCGUCCACAAGGACGGCAGCACCGAGACGAGGACCAGCACUCUGGUCGACUACGGCGACCCCAAGGGCUACAGCUCCAUGGCCAAGCUGGUCGGCGUCCCCUGCGGCCUCGCGUGCUUGAUGGUCUUGGACGGCAGGAUCAACAAAAAGGGAGUCUUAGCCCCCGUCACCUGGGACCUCGCCGAGCCUUUGCUCGUCGAGUUGAAGGAAAAGUAUGGAAUCUUUUUGACCGAGAAGACUAUUGAAUAGAUCCGUCAUUUUAGGAACCGACAAAGAGGUGAAAAAAGGGAAAGAAGUUACGUGAUGUGACAUGGGCGUUUUUAUGGGAUUGGCAUUUACCGAGGAAUACUCGUAUGUAGUCAGUUCCGGGCUCGGGCUGUGGCUAUCGAAAUGAGAAUGAGACUGAGAAAAGCUGAAAAAGAUUCACCAACUACUCAUCAGACAAGUAAAUACUCUGAAUUAAGUUCACAUUCAGACGUAUGCCCUUUGUGUCGUUUGAUGCACGAAAUCCCGACUCUUGGGCCGAC